GCUUUGGGCCCCUGUGGACUGAAAUUAGGGGAAAGAAUAUCAGUCACUGCAAAACCCAGAUAAUAAACCCAUCACUACAGCCACUAAACACCAUUCAAAAAAGAGCAAUACAAGUUAUACUCAAUGUUGGCUAUCAGGAACACACAUACUUUUUAUUUCUGCAGUCCUAGUUGUUUAAACUCACAGACAUUGUGGAAUAUCAAACAGCUCAAAUAAUGUUUAAAGCUGAAAAUAAUCAUCUACCAAUAAAUAUACACAAAUAAUUCAGUAUGCGUAAGGGAAGUUAUAAUUUAAGGGGAAAAAAUAACUUUAAUCUAACAUUAAUUCGGAAAAAGAGGAAGAGUUUUGUGUUUCAGUGAGUGGGUUGAGACAAUGGAACAGGUUUUCCAUGGAAUUAUAGCAAUGUUCAAACAUGACACAGUUUAAAAAGUGGGUAGUGGGUAGCACUAAGUGUGAUGAGGUUAUUGUUUGUUUUGUUUUGCUUUUGUUUUUGUUUCUUUCUUGUUUUAUUUUCUUUCUUGUUUUUAUGCGUGCACUGUAUUUAGUGAAUGUAGAUUUUGUUUUGUAAUACAAAGUCAUGAACAUACUGUAUUUAUCACAAUUAUCAGGUACAUCUAAACAAGUUGAAAGAAAGCUUGGUGUGGGUACUUAUUAUGGGGUGGCAGUUCAUAAGUUAUUCCUCUUCUCACUCCUUUUCAAAUAUGUAUUUCUAUGUUUUAUUUUUUUUAUGUUUCUAUGUUUUAUAUUUGAAUGUUUUGUUUUACUUUUCUUGUUUUAUUUUUCUCUAUAUUUCUGGUUUGCAGAUUUGAAAUAAACCUCAAUCAAUCAAUCAAACAAUCAAUGUGUUCAAUGCUGCUAUCAUUGUAUGAAUAAUCGCAGUGUUGGUAUCAUAGACCGUAUAUAGAACAGACGCCAUCUGCCUCCUCGCUGGGUGAAGCCACUCCGAGAACAGCACCCUCUGUUGAUGGGCUGCAGUAUAGGUCAUAAAUCCCGCCUCCGCCAGCAAAGCUUAUGUGAGUGUGGACAAACUUUAGAAAUUUAUUACACAGAAUAUACAUUUUUCUUCCCCCUGGUUGUGAUGUUGACAUGUAGUUAUUGUAAGACUGUUUUGUGCUGAAGUCCUCUUUUUCCUGUACAGCUCCGUUUUCAAAAGUUAUUAGGGGGUUCAUGUUUUCUAUGAUUGACACCUGAUACAGCCUAUGGGCGUACAAGGAUUGUGUACAGUCUAUAGCUACGUUCACACUGCAGGUUAUGAUGCACAAUUUUGUUGUUAAAUCCAAUCUUUUUGUGUGGUCCUUCACAUUACAACAACGAAUGCGGCAUCUAUUGUGAACGGAAUGCGUCCGUGAAGCAACCUACAUGCGCACAAAACACAAAUUGCUUUCUGCACCUGUUUGUGUUGUCGAACAAUGGUGACGUUUGUCGCAUGUUAAUGACGUAUAGGUUGGAUGAACACGCCUAAGCGUCCACACUGCAGUCACAUUGGAUACAUGUCCGAUUUAUAUCCACAUACAAAAGAGGCCUGGGUCGGAUUUGAAAAAAAAAUAAAAUCAGAAUUGCACUGUUUACUCUUACAUGAAAAAAUCAGAUAUGUGUCACAUAUGGUAAAAAAAUUGGAAUUGACCUGCAGUGUGAACAGAGCCUAUGGUUGUAUGGUUGGUAUAGUCAAACAAACAAACAUAUUACAAAAAAACAAAAACAAAACAAAAACCUCAGUAUGACAUUGUGACAGUACUCGCAGUAGUCUGAAGAUUCUCAGGUCUACUUCCUUAAUUGUGAACUGAAAUGAAACCACUGAAACCUUCACCAAAGUGGAUAUGAGCCAUUGUCAGGUUGCUGUAAACCGGUUAGGUGAGGUUUCACCGGCACAGAUGGUGAAUAAUAUACAAGCUGGGUGAACAAGUGCGGAGGGAAUAAUAGGACCGGAAGUACAUAAUGACCUUCACGUUAUUUCGUUAUUUAUUUAAAUUAGAACGCAUUUAAAGACGAUACCUUCAAAUGAAAAUAAAUGGAGUAAUAUUUUUUACAUAAUUAAUAAUAUUUAACUGCAUUUAAUUGGACAGACUUACUUUCAAUUAAGUUAAAUUAGUUUUAUUUUGAAGUUCAACCGGAUGUAUUGCAGGCAUCACCUCUAGCUUGACGCUGGUGGCCACGGUUCAGCUCCCAGCCGCUAGGAGGAACAAGGAGGUAUCCAUGCCCAGUCCCAGCGUGGAGAAGGAAGCGGUCUAAAGGAGGAGUAACGCUUCCCACAUAAGAAGUCGGAAUAAAAUCUAAGACGAGGAGGAGGAGAGUAAUAAUUCCAGUUUGUGUUUGGAAAGCUUCUUUACAUGGGGAAAAGAAAUGACAUCUACCGCGAGCGAGAGGAGGGCGUUUGCCCAUAAAAUCAACCGGUAAGACUGACAGAAGUUACUGUUUAACGGCUGCUGCUGCUGCUGCGAGAGUGACCUGCUGGACAGACGGUCCAUGUAGCCUCACUAUGCUAGGAUUUGUAAGGUAUUAGUGGCCAAAGACAUUAAGUAGUAACCAAACACCGGCUACUUUCAACACUUGUGGAGUUUAACUAAUAUACUCCACAUAUUUAUUAGUGCCUUCACGACCAGCAUUGAACACCUUGACUACUUUGUCUUCUGGCGGUCGUUAUCGUAGCAUUGUAAGCGCAUUGUCACAACCACUGAUUCAGCUAGUCAUGGAGAAAGCUGUCCCAGUUUGAGUGCUAAUCUAAUAUCAAAGAUAUGUUCCCAAGAAGGAUUAAAACACUAAGUAAAAUCCCCCAAAAUGAUAGAGAGUGAUAUCCACUUAGCUGUUUUGUUCCUGAACCGUGUGAACGCCUCGCAGCAUUGUUUUAGCAACCUGUUUCCACAUGUUGUGAACUGGUUUUCCCUCUUCUUCCAAUGGUAACACUACGUUUGCUCAGCGUUUGACUGAAAAAAAUCUUAUUGUGCUGGCAAAGUAGAUUGGUUUCCAUUAUCUGUCAGCUGAGUUUCUGAACAACAUGCUUUAACAGCCCUGCUCUGUCUGUGUGUUUACGUGUGGAAGUAUUUGCUGCCAAGUACCUCCCUGUUUACUACACUAGAUCUUUUAAUAACUAAGUGUCUUCCAAACCCUAAUUUUGUCUCAUGGUUUUGCACCAUAUUAUCUAGUCUGCAGGAUACAUUUAACUGCAAAGUUCAGUUCAGUAUCCUUGUGCCAGCAGGUGUCAAAGCCUCCCAAAAAGUCUGUGAGAAAAACAAACAGUAUGUCAGAUUUACGUCUUUAUUCAUGUUUCUCUCUCUAGUGAAACUCGGUAGAUAUCAUAUCUUUACAGUGGUUAUUACACCUUUUAGACAAGAAUUUAUUCUUUAUAAAUCACAUUGUACCUUUUGUUAGUCGUCAUCUUGUUUGCAUGGCUGUCAAAAGUACUGACAAGUCUCACACUGCAUCCCCCCAAGCCCUGUCGUUUCUCUCCUUGGACCAUUGUUCACUGCCGGAUGCAGGAAAGGGUGGGAAAGGGUGGUCUGGCUAUUGCCCUUGCAGUCGAUAGCUUUCCUUUUUCCUGUUUUAAAUUGAGGUGCAAGAGCAACAGAAACUCCUCCCACAUCUGUUAGAGUUGAAGCACUUCAUAAUUCAGCAAAAGUUAAAAAGUCUGGCUAUAUUUUCUAGACAGGUAUCGUGAUUGAAGCUGUACACUUUUUUUGUGUAGGAAUUCAGACACGAAUCAAAGCAAUUUAACCAUGACAGCUAUGGUGUUGUAUAUGUUAAAGCUGCUGCAGCUGUGUUUGUGAGAGAAAGAGUCACUCUGUGGUUCUAGGGUAGCAGCUGCUUGCUGUCUCCGUGAGAGAUUAUUUUUUUUCCUCACUUUGUCUCUCUUUAAGCCUUCCCAUUUGCCGUUAGUCCAUAAAGGCCAUGGACAGAGCCUUGGCUCUGUGCCUGCUCCCAGGAGCCAGCCCGCCACCUCUCUGCGAGAUCCGUUACAGUCCCAGUUCAGAACAGCUGCUGGUUUUCAGCAAGGUUGAAACUCUAAAAUUUAAAAGUUACAAGAAGUCAGACAAUGGAAAUCAGGCUCAAUAUGAGUGACUAAUUCACUUCUCAGGAAUCCUCUUGUGAAAUAAUUCAAUUUCUCAUGCUGCAUCUGACAAAAUCAAUCCCUUUGUCUUUAAUCUGUCUUUACCACAAUUAGGGUUUUUAUCAACUUUUCUUUCUCUGUAAUUUGUACUUAUGUUUCUGCUUUGUGUCUCUCCUUGAUCUCUCAGGACGGUUGCUGCAGAGGUCAGAAAGCAAGUUUCCAGAGACUAUGGCUCUCCACAGCUCACCAAGAAACGACCACACCACCAGGUGAGUCACCCUGAAUUUUAAAGGAGGUUUAAAGACCAAGAAAGCUAGUUAAAAUAUUUACGAGUGUAACCUUUGAUUUUAGACGAAUAAGUCUUUGAAAGGAGUAUAUUUGGGUGUUGGUUUAAUUAGUGCUGUUCGAUGCAGACACAAAGGGAGGAGGUUUGGAAGAUAAUUGUCUUCCCACCCAUGUUGUUUGAUAUUUGGGCAAAAAUAAAUAAGGGUUAGUUACACAAUACAUGCUUAGCUUGGAAAAUGCCUGCGGUCAGGUUACCAAGAUGAUGGUGGGGAUUUUGGUUAGUCCAGCAGAAAUUUAGGGGAACUAUUCGGACCCUGCUGUGAACAAAAACCCCCUGAGAAACAGGAGACAGGUUGUGCAGCAUAAACACUGCCAACUCAGCACGAUCCGUGAGUCUAUCCAAAACAUGAGACAAACAGCAAGCAGGCGUGGACCGGCAUUGCUUGGAUGAAGUGUUUGAACAAAACUGUAUUAAAUCAUAGCAGUUGUUGUGAAUGCUAAUGGGAAUAGUUGUGACGCACUCUUGUUAGACUGAAACUCACAAACAGAAAGGUAGUCGAGGUAAAAUAUGAAUAUUAUCUUUACAUGACUGCUGCCCUGUUUUAUUAUACAUACAUCUCUUUGCUUUUGAAUUAUACAUUAGUUCCAUAUGCCCGUCUGCUCUUCCUAAUGGCAUCCUGUCUCCUCUUUGCGAGUCCUUCUCAUCAUGCAGAUCAGAUUAGGAUCCGCCGUUAUGGAUGUGUCAUACUAAUCGGUACGUAAUUAACUAACUCUGAUUGACAGUUGCCCCUGACGGAGGUGGUUGAGCCGGUGGACUUUGAGGAGUAUGUGAGCAGUCACGCUCCCGGGGUGGAGCCCGGCCCUCUCAGACAGCUAAUGGAGUUCCCCGAGGAUGACCUGGAGCUCCUCCACCAGGACAAAGAGUGUGUUACACUGGAGCCCCCUUUGCCGGAGGAGGAAGAGUGAGUUAAGAUGCUGAUGGAAGACUAAACCUUCAUACUCUAACACACACACACAGACAUCUUUGAUAGCUGUAAUAAAAGUCAACAUGGACAGAUAGGAACAAAGCUUUUGUCUUUGUGACACUGGACGGACAUGCAUAUUAGAUGUACGUUUGCUGAAUUAUUAAUGGGUGAUGUGUUUACUAUCUAGCUCACUGGAUUCUAGGGUGAGGGAUGCCCUUGCUGUCUACACUGAUGAUUGGCUCAUCGUACAAAGAAAGUAAGUGGUAUCACUUUUGACACUGGUUGAAUUAGCCUUGUGUACAUUUAUAAGCACCACCUUUCCUCUUCGCCGUUAACAUGAUUGGCCGUUAAAUCACCCCGGCACUGUCCUUUGAUUUUUUUUUUAUUUCUAAGAUAUCAGCGCUACAGCACCAUGUGUACCCCCCACAACUCGGAGCGACAGAGGGAGAGGCAGCGAAAGCUCGUCAAACAGACCUUUGAACUGGAUGAGGCUGCAGCUGCUGAGCGGCAGGACGACCAGGUAGCUGAUGGCGAUAUUCAAACCCAACUGACCUUUCAGUCGUCUGUGUUCACUCGCCUCUUUUUAUCGAUCCACUGCACAAACAGUGUUGUCAUUAUAACUCAUAAUCUUGAAAGCUUUAUGAACUAUUGUAAUGUAAUAUGUGGACGAAGAAGCAAAGAGAAUAGUCAGUCGAUUAAACGGGUCUCUUAUUUUGAUGGGGAGGGCAGUAUGGGUCAGAUUCCACUUGGUGAGUUCACCUCACAGAGGUGAGUAAUGGAUAAAUAGAUAUACCUUGUCCAUUAUCCAUUACACAGUCUCUGCAUGAAUCAUAUUUAAAGUGUAAUGGGAUCUGCAGCCUAUUGUUCGCCUUAUACUUCUAAAACAUCUGCAGCGAGCACUUAAAGGGUGACAUCCUCGCCUGGAGGAAAAAGAAACCUCAUGAUCUCAACCCUCCGCCUCACUCUUAAUUCAUCUCAGGAUGACGCAAAGCGGCGGUCAGUCAGCCUGGAUGAGACUCCUCGGGGAAGCUGGGCCUCCAGUAUCUUUGACCUGAAGAACUCCUCCCCAGACGCUCUCCUGCCGUCUGUGCUGGAACGAACAGCUGCAGAAGACAUGGACCACCGUAACACCGAGGCUCGGCUGCAGGGGCGCCACUGUGACCUGCUCGGCCUCUACCCUCCCCCUGACGAGGUUUGUGUUUAAAGAGCUAAGAAAAGUAAACCUUAAGGAGGAACGACCCGACCCUUUCCAAAACAAAAAUAACAUGUUUAAUGAGUGAGGUGGUUUUUCUCUUUUAAACAAGUUUUCAGAGUAAUAUUUAUGCUGCGUUCGAGUUACCUCGGAAGUCAGAUGUCAGAGCUGAAAAAUGACGUCACACGCGAGUUACUGGUGUUUCAGGUACUGAGUCGGACAAAAGGAAAAUCAGAUGCGGAUACGACAUAGCAACUUCUAUGAAAGUUAUUUUAGUGCUUGUCUUGUCAGAAUUUAUCAAGGACAAGGCAAACACUAAAAUAACUUUUGUAGACGAAACCAUGUUGUUUCCACGUCCGAGUUUUCUUUCAUUUUCAGCUCCGACAUCUGACUUCCGAGGAACCUCGAACGCAGCAUUAGACCAGGUAUCCUUAAACACAGAAAUUCAAGAACAAGUUAGUAGUUUUUUGUUUGCAGAGUAUUUGUAGGUAGGGCUGGACGAUAUGGCCUCAAACCAAUAUCACGAUAUAUUGAGCAGUUCACCUCGAUAACCAUAAAUGGACGAUAACUACUCCACAAGCUGCUCACUGCCUCCCACAUUAACCUGGUCUACUCCAGCUGCUACAACUUUUGAACCGUCCUCCAUCUCCUCACCUGUCUUUCCCUCUUUGUUAUGGACUGUAUGGAUGUAAGACAGCAUCUUAAAGAGACAUAAGACCAAAGCCUGCCUACACACAUCUAAAUCCAACUUUUAUUGAUUUAUUUUUAUGACACUGAAUAUAUUGACAUGGGCAAAAUGACGUCGAUUAUUGUCGUAAAUUUCGGUAACUGUGAAUUUUCAGCUUAUCGCCCAGCCCUAUUUGUAAGUACGAACAAAUCUUUACAGAUGAAUCUCCUUUAAUUGUACUCUAUGCAAGAAGUCAUGCAUUCACUUACUAACAAAAAACCGUUUGCAUAAUGAGUGGAAAUGGAGCACAAACUAAAACCAUAUAUUAUCCACUGUGAAUUAGAAUUCAACCAGUUCCUGCGCAUGAUUGAAUGCAUCUAUAGUUUAAAAAAAAGCAAAGGCCGAGCUGCUGGUUGAAAACACAGACAAACAAAGUGACCAUCAGCUCGGUAACAUUGUUGAAUGUUCCCUUAUAGUGACUCUCCAGAAUGUCUCCAGUCAGCUACCAAACUGUUUGCUUUUCUUUCCCCUCUGCUUCUCCAUCCUUCUUUCUCUAAAUCUAAGUGCACACUGUCACUUCCUUUGCAGCUACGUUUCCAUGACAUCUGUGUAAAUGUUAUGUGAGUGUGUGUAGUCAGUCCACGGCUUUGUUGUUUCUGUGGCAGGAUGAAGCAGUGGAGAGAUGUUCUGUCAUUGAAGUGCCCAAAGAACACUGCGGCCAGAGGAUAAUGGUGAAGUGUCUGUCUCUGAAGUGAGUAACAUUUGGAAUAUAACGGCUGCAAAAUGACGUUUUCACAUGUUUGUUCAAUGCGAGAAAUACCCACAAUGCCCUCUGUUUUCAGAUUUGAAAUAGAGAUUGAGCCAAUAUUUGGGACGCUUGCCCUGUAUGAUGUCAAAGAAAAGAAGAAAGUACGUGUUUGUUCCAGCUGCUCCUCUGUAUAUUUUCCUUCUCAUGACUCCAAGUCUGAACAGCCACUUUCGCAAUGCUGAGCUCAUGCUUAACUAAUUGAAUUUCCCUUGUCUCAGAAAGCUCUUAGUGGUCUCGCUGUUGAGAUCAUUGAGUUGAAACUGAAUUAAAAUCCCUUGACGUGUAUUUCCAUUACUAUCUUUCCUCCCCCCCCGCCCUCCGUUGUUUCCCGCUUAUCUCAAUCUCUCUUCCUACAGAUCUCAGAGAACUUCUACUUCGACCUGAACUCGGAUCAGAUGAAAGGGCUGCUUAAAUCCCACACACCUCACGUAGCCAUCUCCACACUGGCUCGUUCCGCCAUCUUCUCCAUCACGUACCCCUCGGCUGAUAUCUUCUUGGUCAUUAAGGUAGAAAGUAAAUCAAGUUAGAAUUUAGCAAGUGGAAAAUGGAAUCGCUUUACAGGGUGUUAAAAAUCGGCCUGUUUUUUUUCAGCUUGAGAAAGUCCUACAGCAAGGAGACAUCGGAGAAUGCUGUGAACCCUACAUGGUCAUGAAAGAAUCUGAUUCCUCCAAGGUAAUGGAUCCAAAAGAAGAGCUUUGAAGUGUUGCAACAUGCUGGGCCGACGACCAACAUGUACACGAGACCCUUUUACUGUCUAGUCAAAAUCAUUACCCAACCUGUCUGGGAAGCUGCAAUAUUUACCAAUCAUUGGGGUCAUCUUUUAAACCUGUCUCUAUCUUCUCCCUUAUAUAAUCCCACCUGGUCAUUUUUUUUCUGUUUUACUCAGCACAAAGAGAAGCUGGAGAAGCUGCGUGUGCAAGCAGAGCAGUCAUGUAAUCGACUUGGCCGUUUUCGCAUGCCUUUUGCUUGGACGGCCAUUCACCUUCUUAACAUUGUCAGCAGUGUGGGAGGCCUAGACCGCUCGGACCCUGACUCUGACUCCGGUAAUGGGGGACUUUAAACAAACCAGACAUUGAAUGCACUGUCGAGAAUGCAUAAAGCAAACAGCCGUCAUGUAUCUGCAGCGUCAAAAGUAGCACAGAAAUAACAUUUGCUAACAUGCCUGUCUGAUAUUGAUUCUUCUCUCCGGUCAGAGCGCAAAGGUCAUGGAACAUGGAACGAGAGAAAGAAAAAAGGCUUUGAGCGGAUGAGCGUCGGGGAUGACAUGUGCAACUUUGCGACUUUCCGUCCCGCGACACUGACCGUCACCAACUUCUUCAAACAGGUCAGAAUCUGUGAGGUGAUCCGGCUCUGGAGUCGUGACAAAAAAUUGCAAAAUGACUCGUUUCAUCCAACUUAAACUAAGUGUUGUAACAGGACAAGGGGAGAGACCAAACCUCACUAAACAUUUCUGCCAAUAUUUCAACUCAUAAAAAGAGACACAAGGGGAACAGAUUAAAGUAAAUUUAGGGUGAAUUUUCUCUAGUGGGGACCGUAAUUGUUACGAUUUUGGAAUUGGAGCAAAUGCAGAUUAAAACUUUAUGAAAUAUAAGAAGUUUUCUGUGCCGGUAUGAUCAUGUUUUCCUCUUAAUGUCAAGAAACUCUUCUAUCUGUGCUCUUGAAGGAGGGGGACAGACUGAGCGAUGAGGACCUCUAUAAGUAUCUGGCAGAUAUGCGUAGACCAUCCUCUGUGUUGCGACGACUGAGGCCAGUCACAGGUGAGCAGGAUACACCCUCAUUGUUGAGAUCUUUAAAUGCCAUCGUCUAGAUUCAUAUUCAAAUAUUCAAUAUCACUUCUUUUGUCCCUCAGCCCAGUUGAAAAUCGACAUCUCUCCGGCUCCGGACUCGCCUCAUUACUGCUUGUCCCCUGAGCUGCUACACGUGAAGCCUUACCCGGACCUGCGCGUCCGUCCGACCAAAGAGGUGCUCGAGUUCCCUGCUCGCUACGUGUACACGCCUCACACCACCUACAGGUGAGUGUUGAUCUGUCACAGACGCGCCUAGUUUUCCGUGUUCGUUUACACGUUCAUUCUCAACAUCGUCAGAGUUUCAGUCUUCUCUCAAGUUUGGGGUUUUAAAAAAAGAGGACGCAGGUACAGGAUGUUAAUUUUUCAUGCAUUUUUAUUAACAUUUUUAGGAUAAUGUAUGGAAAAAGAGAAGUUAAGCUCUCUCUCUAUAAAUCAACAAAUGUAACAUGGAAAACAUUUUUAAAUAAUUCACAGUUUUUAGUAGGUACUGAACAAAUAUGAACAUGAGUUAAGACAAACAAAGGAUCGAGAGUGCUUACAAAUAACGACUGUAAUAAAAUAGUUCCAACAAUGAAAAAAAGGAAGAGUUUUUUUUUUCUUCUUUUUUUUUUUUUUUGCAGAAGUGGAAGGGAGUGCAGUGAUAUCACACAGCAGUGACGCAAACAGCUGAUCCAGCCUGAUUCAGAGUAGUGUGGUAGUCCAGUGUUGAGAUUUAAUCAAGAACGUCAUCACUCUGAAAAGAAGAAAAUAAAUUAGUGGGUAAAACUUAAAGAAGUCACCAAAAAGUUGAGACAUCAAAUUUUCAGAUAGAAGUGACUCACUAUCUGAAGCAGUUUGGAGAGCUUCUCAUUUUGAGUUUCCAGGUUCUCUUUAUGAAAGUCGGUCAAAUACUGUAAACCCGUCAAAACGAAGGUCAGCUCUUCUGCUCUCUCCUGAAAUACAGAAAACAGUGUGAGGGAUCUAGUUACUUUAUUUCUAUAUUCAGCAGCUGGUUUUGUGUAUUAUUGUCUCUCUAGUUGCUAAUAUUUUUCGGUUCCCUGCUUUCAUUCACCUGCAGCUUCUUGAUGUUGGUGGGCACAGAGUCUUUGAGAUGCAUCUCCAACUUCUCCACCUUUGUCUUUAGCUCCACCUCUUCCUGCUCCAUACCAGCCAGCCAGUCUUUAGUUUUCCUGGUCUCGGCCUGCUGCGUGACCAUCUGGGUCUGUCAAAAGAGCAUCUGCCCACGUUAGCCUCUUCCCCCAACAAAGAGCCGAGUGCAGCUGGCAGCACUCAGAUCUAAGAGUUUAAUGUCAUCUGUACACAUCUGUAAAACAUAUUGGUGAAUCAUGUGGAGAUAAUAGGUCUCAUAAAAGAAGAAGAGUUAAAUAUCCAAGCAAGGACAGCCUUAUACUAGGAUUCAGUCUUGUUUUGUUAUUAGGCAUUUCUUCAAAUCGGCAUCAGCUGCUUUGUUUUGUCUGAGAAGCUGUUUUCUUUCUGAUAAACACAGACGUUCCCUCUGAUGGGGAUUUUAGAUACUUGGCUCUGCGACUGCAUGUUGCUCUUUUUAGCUUUGUUAUUUGAUUGUUAUCCUUUUUAUAGUCGUCUCUCUCGAAGCAAACACAAAAAUUCAGUGGUACACGAGGAAUGCAUUGUUUACAUUCUCCAGUGUUUUCUUACCUGCAGCAAGUGUAUCACUUCCUUCAUCUUCUUCUCCACCUCUGCCGCCUCCUCCGUCUGCCUCCCCAGCUUUUGGAGAGUCUCCCCGUGGCUCCUCAGAGUCUGGCUGAUUUUUUUUAUCUUUGCCUCUGUGGUCUCAUAUACAUUAUUCAAGGAAUCACUGAACUGUAUCACACCAAACAUGAGCACUCUGACUUCGUCCUCUGGUGCGGCCAUAUCUUCCGUCUUUCCAGUGUUCCUGAGUGGACUUGCUUGGACUGCUCUCAGUCCACCGGCUAAACAAAGUAGGCAAAGACCCCAGAUCAUCUUCAUAGAAAGUCAGUUUGUCAAAAACUCACUGUCUGUUCCCCUCAGUGUUCUCCAGUAAACCAGGCUGUCAAAGUUCUUCAAUGUCAAACUCUCCAACCAUAUGGUAAAGGCUGUAUCUACUGCAUUUGUCCCUCACAGCUGUGCAGGCUGCAGCAUCAUCAGAAAGAAGCCAAGGAUGAUGAAUUUUGAGGGUGGUCAGACCGCCUUAUAUUGGAUAUGUACAUGCAACACCGUGGUAAAACAUUAGCUCAGCUGUGGUUCGAUCACAGGUCUUGUUGGUGGCCUUAAUCUCAGUGACCUUGCCUUGAAGUUUAACCCCUGAGGUACCUCGUUCUGUCAUGUAGGUCACAAACACAAAAGUGGCACACAAACAAAGUAUGAACCCCUUUGGAUGCAGACAGAACAUGAGCGGCAUCGCAACAUGUGCAGGACAUACCAUUUGAUGGUAUUUUAAAGGUACACUGUGAUUUUGUGACGCGUCACUGUCUCCUGAUUAGUGUAUCAAAUCAGCUGUUCCAAGAUAUGACCAACGGUUACCUCUGAUGUUUGCCUUGGAUUGAAGCAAAUCCAAUACUGGAACACUCUCCUCCAGUGUGCGCACAUGACGCUCGCCUCUCUCUCUCUCUUUUUUUUUUUUUUUUGUUGGAUUAAGAAUAGCUCAGGUUUUUAUAUUUUUAGGUAGUCAGGAAUGACUUGUGAAUAAUAAUGUGGGAUAUUGUCAACAAAUGUCGAAGAGCAAAAACUUGGAUGAGAAACUUUUCCCUGAGAAGUACUUGUGAUUUUCACGUCAAUUUCGUUUAACCCCUUCACUGCUUUGAGCUCUCUCGUGUCCUCCUCACCUUGCUCUCUUUCUAAUUUUCCCGUCUUGCAUCAUUCUCCCCCCGUCAGGAACCUGCUCUAUGUUUACCCUCAAAGUCUGAACUUCAGCAGUCGACAGGGCUCGGUGAGAAACAUCGCUGUGAAAGUUCAGUUCAUGGCAGGAGAGGAUCCCAGUCAAGCUUUGCCGGUGAGAAAGCAUAAUGAAGUGAUGUGGCUGUGAUGCUCUCAGGAAAGUGAAAUUUCAGUCACAAAGAACGGCUCGAGGCAGUGAAAUGUGAUAUGGUGAAGAGUGAACUUCUUCAAAAAGCUUUUUUUUAACACUCUGGAGAGAGGGAAAGUCAGGUUACUUUCAGAGAGCUUCAGUAAAACAUACUUGUAUAAUCACAAAUUGACUUUUAUUGAUUCAUCAUAAUUUAGUUGAAGCAUAUAAAAAAAAAAGGGUCUCUUAAGUGGAGGAGAACUUUCUAAGCAACACUCUCAACUUAAAGGGAUAUUCUGACGUAAAAUUAAUUUAGGGUCAAACACACCAAAAACCAAGUUAGACAUCCUGUCGAGAGAUGAAUGUUGCCGACCGCUUGCUUCUCUAGUUAUACCAACUUUAGUAAUGACCGCAUGAUAGCAAUACACAGCGGUCUCAGCAGCCAGUCGCACACCUUAAAAGCCACGCUGCAGCCACAAAUAAUGCUCAGAACAGCACCUAACUUCAUCAACAGUACAUAUAGGGUCCCAGCCAUAGUACUAGCCACCAAACAUCUUUCUAACUUUGCCUAAUUUCUUUAGAAAAGAGACUAAACACAACUCACCUACUCUAUUCCAGCAGCCGCUUGUUUGUACGGAGACUAAGGAUGAGUCCAUCACCGACUGCUGCGGGGUGACGCAGCUCAAGGAAGAACAUUUAUGAUCAUUUCUUUAUCAUUUCCUUUCAGUAAUAAUCACCAUAUUAAUCAUUUUGCACUGCAGACUCGGUAGUUCUUCUGCCUUAGCGUCUUGGUCUGAUUGCAUUUCCAUGAAAAAAUUAGUUUAAAUGUUCUUCCUUGAGCUGCAUCACCCCACUGCAGACGGUGAAGGACCCGUUCCAGGUCUUCCUAAAAACAAAUGGGUACUGGAAGAGAGUAGGUGAGUUGUGUUUAGUAUCUCUGCUAAAGAAAUUAGGUAAAGCUAAAAAGAUGUUUGAUGGCUAGUGCUGUGGCUGGGACCCUAUAUGUACUGUUGAUGAAGUUAGGUGCUGUUCUGAGCAUUUUUUGUGGCUCUAGAGUGGUGUUUUGGUUAAGCGCAUGGCUCCUGGGACCACUGUGUAUUGCUAUUGUGCGGUCGUUACUAAAGUUGGUAUAACUAGAGAAGCAAACGGUCAUCUCUUGAGGGGGUGUCUAACUCGGUGUUACGUUGUGUUUGACCCUAAAUUAAUUUACGCAGGAAUAUCCCUUUAAGAGGAGGAGAAUUUUCUAACCAACACUCUUAACUUAAUCCACUCUCUUCUCCUUAUUCUCAUCUCUCAUAAACCAUUUAAUUCAUGCUUCGCUGUUUGGCCAGGUCAUCUUUGGGAAGUCAAGUUGUGGUGAGUUCAUGAGAGAGGCCUACACUCCAAUCAUCUACCACAACAAGUAAGAGGCUCACUCACCUGUCUACUUUAACAUUUUACCUCCUCUGUCUUGUCUUUUGUUCUUCCACCGCUCUCUCACUGAAUAUUGCGUUUAACUCUUACUCUAAAAGGUCUCCUGAGUUCUAUGAGGAGAUGAAAAUGAAGAUUCCUGCCAAUCUGACAGACAACCACCAUCUGCUGUUCACCUUUUAUCACAUCAGCUGCCAACCCAAACAGAACACUCCUCUGGAGACCCCUGUGGGCUACACUGUGAGUACAAUCCUUCAGCUGGCCCACAUUUCAUACACCCACCUACACACCGUCUGGUUUGAUCGCAACUUCUGCUGUCUCGACAUCGAUUAGAGAUCGCGUGUCUCUUUCUGAUUGUAGUGGAUCCCUCUCAUGCAACAUGGCCGACUACGCACCGGCUCCUUCAGCCUGCCUGUCUCGGUGGAAAAGCCUCCACCUAGCUACUCUGUGCUCACCCCUGACGUAAGUGUGAAGAGGGAUUAUGUGACUAUCAGUUCGCCCGCCGCUGCCUUCUCCUUUUGUGAUGUGACUGCGUGUUAAAUCAGUUGGAUGUCACUCUGGCAGGUUCAGCUCCCAGGCAUGAAGUGGGUGGAUAAUCACAAAGGAGUGUUCAAUGUCGAGGUGACAGCAGCCUCCUCAGUUCACACUCAGGUACACAUGCAUGUUUUUAUUAUACUGCGGUUUCAACCUUUUUAUGCACUGCCUUCGACUUCAACUUCAACUUCAAAUGCCAUGUUAGGCUGAGGUUAGCGGUAUUAGACUCUAAUAGACUUCCUCGUGUUGAUGUGAAAAUGAAAAUAAAACCACACUGACAAUUUAGGAACCAUCUACCAAGAGGUUAUUUAAACAACACCCUUUCUUUGAGAAGCAGGUUUCCAGGCCUACAUAUCUUGUCAGCUUGUAUGAAAGUCAGAAAGACCUUCAAAGUCAACUUUAUUGCCAAAUAUGCUGUACAUGUUAAACAUACAGCACAGGUGAAAUUUCAGUCCACUCAGACCCACGGUGCAUAGCAAUAAAAUAUAAGAAUAAAACUAUAAAAGUAUAAAUAUAGAAUAAACAACUAAGCUAAACAAAAGACUACCUUAAAUCCUCACACACACUCUAUUUACAAAAUAAAGAUAACAGUAUAAACAGUAUAAACAGUGUAACAGUAUAAAUAUAAGGAGGAAGGUGAGUGGAAAAAAGUGAAUGUAAACAGUAUGGCAGUAUGUCAGUCCUGAUGUGGACACAAUAGUGCAAAUAUGACAGUGAAGCACUAUCUUGCAUCGCAAAACUCCUGUCCGAACUCUAGGACCCCCACCUGGAUAAGUUCUUCACUCUAGUCUACGUCCUGGAGGAGUACUCCUUCCCUUUCCGCCUAAAAGAUGUCAUCAUCACUGAAGCAAACAUGGAGGGGGAGCUGAAGGCCAGCAUGGCGGCACUCAGGGGCGCCCUGCUGGACACCUGCGUCAGGUUCUUGCACCAGCUGCUCAACAAGCUCAUACAGCUCAUCAUCUACCCACCAGUCAUUGCAGGACAAAUUGGUGAGUGAGGCAACUCUAAUGACAGGCUUACAUGAGCUUCUCAUGAUGAUUUUGGGGAUUAUCUGCAGCUUUAACUCUUUAUUUUUCCCCACAGUGAACUUGGGCCGAACAUCUUUUGAAGCUAUGACGCUAUUCGUCAACCAGAUCCACAAGAACCUAGAGGGGAAUCAGGACCAGCACGGCCGCAACAACCUGCUCGCGUCCUACAUCCACUACUGCUUCCGCCUGCCAACCACAGAGCCAACAAUGCCACCUACGGGUGAGUCACCAAACUGAACAGAACAGUGUGUGUCUGGCGAGAAGGAAGUGAGCGUUUCACACUGCAGCCAGUCAACAUUUGUGUGACAGGACGGAUCCGUUGUGAAUAUCAGCGGAGUGACAUUUCUGCUUUUCAUGUCCCUAAGAAGCUGGGCAGCAUUCCUGUGAGAUGCCGCUGCAGUAUGCCACCCUGUCAAGAGCGACGGCUCGCCCCAGCAGCUUGCAUCUGGCACGCUCCAAGAGUAUCAGCAACUCCAACCCGGACCUGGCCAGCACACCGGUGUCUCCUGAUGAGGAGGUGCAGAGGAUCAUAGGGAGCAAGGUGAAAUACUCAAGCUUUGUUAAAUUUGUGUUUCUACAUUUAGAAAAAGUCUUUGCAGUCGAUCACAGCAGUAAAAAGAUUUCUCAAAAUCUGACCAUGUUUACUGGCCUAAACUCCCCAAAGGCAUUUUUAUUUUGAUUGGAAUAUUCUGUAUUAAUUUUUAAAUAGUCUGAGUUCUCCUUUUGUCAAGCAUCACUCCUGUUGUUAAACAUUAAAUUCUAGUCUUGCUAUAUCGAUUUGUAUUAUUAAUAUCAAUUUGAGUUGAUAAAACCAAAACAGCAGCACAGAAAAGUCAUUUUUUUAAAUGUUGUGACAGUCUCUGCACUUUUUACAGCAGAUUAGCUCAUUUAUAAUCCGUGCACUUUGUGUCAACAGUUAAUGAUGCUGCUUAAUGGAGCGAUUAUGCUUUGUUUGUGUGUUCCUUGUGUUUCAUACAGUACAACAGCCUUUCCUUUGUGCUUCCUGUUCCUGCUGUUUUUGCCGACUCAUGCUUCGCUUUGUUUUCCCCUUGUUCCCUGACUUUAUUUCCUCCCAGAUUUACCCUUUAAAUAAUCUCUCCUGAGGUGAUUACUUUCCCGACUCACUGUGCCCUUGCCUCUUGCUGCUUUUGUGCGGUUGUGUUUGUGUUUUGUGUGUGUCUGUGGUGGCUCAUGGCAGGGCAUUGACCGCUCCCACUCCUGGGUAAACUCUGCUUACGCCCCUGGCGGCUCAAGAUCUGUGCUACGCCGGAAUCCCAACUCCAGCUGUGAUCUCAAGCAGGUGCCAAAUCCUCCUCUCCCCUCUUCUCCUCCCUCUCUACUUCCACACCUUCAUCUCCUCCGUCUCCCCAGGAUCAUUUCUCGCCUCAUGUUUGUUUCUAACUCCCUCUCACACCUGUCUCACCGUACUGAUCCACACCUUCAUCUCCAUCCUUUACUGCCUCAUAACCAACCAGAUCUGUUCUCUUUCGGGGACACAAUUUCCGCCUGGGGUGCGUCAGCUUUCUAACCAGCCUUAUACACCAGAGACCGUAGUGUUCUUUGGCCACUCGUUCAUUUUCAUUCACUCAUUUUCACAUCACUUUGUCCUCAUUUCUGUGUGUGUUCACGCCACCAUCACCUCAUGUCAGGCACACGACCACAGCUGCAAUCGCAUGUCUGCAUUCCUGGACAGCGUGGCCUUGUUUUCAGUUCCCACAAGGCAGAUUAUUAAGAAGGUAAAAGUAUCAUUUACAUUGAAAACUAUUAAGAGUGGCAUUCAUCCUUUAAAAAAGAGACGACUCAUCAUGUUUUCUUUUCAAAACUAACUUUGUGUCAUUAACAUUUAUCAUCUUCCACGACAUUUUCACUGUUUUUCUGUAAGUUGUUGAUAUUUUUGCUGCUUAAAUUGGAAGAUUUCAGGAUUAAAUAUCUGUUUGAGGUUUUAAUUAAACAUCCAUCCUACUUGUUUUGAUAAAUUCAUUUGGGUCCCAUGUAAACAAAGUUAAUUUUUGAUGGUUAGUAGUGUGUAGUGUAAGAUAAACGUGACUCUGUUGGUUCAUGUGUAGCUGCUCCAUGAAGAGCUGGCUCUGCAGUGGGUGGUCAGCACCAGCACAGUCAGAGAGGCGGCGUUGCAGCAGGCCUGGUUUUUCUUCCAGCUUAUGGUGAGUGUGUCUUUGUACGUUUAGAUUAUAUUAAUGACGCUUUUUUAACAAAAUCUGGAUCUAAAGAAGUCGAGCACGACUAGAAACCUGAGUCACUUCAGGAAAGUCUUACUGCAAAGUUGAAGUCGAGUGUUUGACUUCCUCAUUCGCUCUCUCCUCUAGACUAAGAGCAUGGCUCAUCAUUUAUUCCUGACCUCCAAAUUGGACGUUCCAAGGCGCCAGCGGUUCCCUGAUCGAUUUGUGGACGACAUUGCUGCACUUGUGUGUGCCAUCAGUGCAGAUAUUGCCAGUCGAUACCACAAGGUAUAUACCAACCACAAAGCUGCACAAGCGAUUUCAGGACAUGAACUGCUGAAAGUCCAUUUAUUUUUCAAUGAACCAGCUCUGAUGGGCUCAUGUGAGAUGACAGGAUGAAAGUUUGAAAAGAACUUUUUCACUUGUGAUGACUGAAUCAAAUAUAUAAAGAAAGUGAAAGUAUGUUUUCAUCCGGAUGAAAAUUGUACCUCUCCUCUUUUUACCUUAAUCUAAUCCAUUUAUUUACUCCGGCUGCUCUCAGGAUGUAGAGCUUGUGGAAAGGUUAAACUGCAGUCUGGCCUUUUUCCUCAACGACCUGCUCUCUCUCAUGGACCGGGGCUUUGUCUUUAACCUCAUCCGCACUUACUACAAACAGGUACCUAUUGACCCCUGAAGCCGUAUCAAACGAUCACAAUACUUUCUCCCGUGUGUGCAUAAAAUCAACUUUUCAAACGUGUGUGUUAAACAGAUUGCUAACAAGCUCCACACAGCCCAGAACCCCAGCUCUCUGAGUGCGCUGAGGAUGGAUUUCACACGCAUUGUCUGCAGCCAUGAGCACUAUGUCAUCCUCAAUCUACCGUGCUCCACUCUCAGUCCUCCAGCUUCCCCCUCACCCUCCACCUCUUCCACCACCUCACAGGUAUCAGCAGGCUUGAAAAUAUAAUAUUACAGGUUUAAAAUGCUUUUAUAGAACUUUUAUGUCCUUGGUUUUCAUCUUGACCCUCUCUCUUUCGCUGCAUUCACAGAGCUCGGCGUUUUCCAGCAUGGUGCAGGACCAGGGCGUGGCCACCAUGUUUGAGCUCUCCGUCCCUUUCCGCCAGCAGCACUUCCUAUCAGGGCUGCUGCUUACAGAGCUCUCGCUCAUCCUUGAUCCUGAUGGAGAAGGGUAAGCCUUAAACAAACUCAAGUGUCCGUUGAAACGUGCGCACUGUGAAAAGACACCGGCUUAUUUGUUUUUCUUUUUUGCACCUGCAGUGUUUUCUUCCUUCAUAAAAAGGCCAUUAGCGCUGUUCACUCCCUGCUGUGCGGUCAUGAUGCAGACCCCCGCUACACAGAUCCACAGGUCAGGGCCCACGUUGCUCAGCUCUACCUGCCCCUGCUCUCCAUCGUCAUGGAAACGUUGCAUCAGCUCCACGACUUUUCUGGUUAGCAGAUCACAUAAACGCUCUUGAAUGUGUCUCCCCCUCCUCCUACGCACGUUUCCAGAUUUCUGCACUUUUUAUUGCACCUGAGAGUGUUUUCUGACUUCUUUGCAGACUCCUCGCCUGCUAGGGUCCGCCAUGCCUCAGCCCACGCUGACGAUGCUGACCCAGACAGUGGCAACACUAUCAGUCAGUCUGUUGCCAUGGCAAUCGCUGGCUCCCCUCUACCACAUGCCAAAGCAAACCCGUUUGCCCUGCCCACAGUGGUGAGUGAUAGCGGUGGAGGUCAGGCUGUUCCCUCAAGCCUUACAGACUGACUGGUCACAGAUCUGCCUCUGUGUGGGUGUUUACAGACAAUCACUCCACCUUUUCUCUUAUUACACACACACACACACACACACACACACACACACACACACACACACACACACACACACACACACACACACACACACACAGAGUCAAAAAGCGUUUUCAUUUUUCCCUUUAUCUUCUAUGACUAUGACUGCUGCUGCUUGUAGCCUGUAGGUGGCUCUCUGAUCUCUCUUUGUAUACAGCCAUUUUGUACUGAAGCACAUUAAAAGGGCACCUGCUGAGUUUGUUUGUUUGUCUUCACCAGGCCGGGCGCCAGUCCAGCUCUCUGUCUGCCGAGUGCAGCAGGACUCUGCUGGUGUGUUUCCUGUGGGUGCUGAAGAACGCAGAUGCUGCGCUGCUGGAGCGCUGGUUGUCCGAUUUGUCUGUUCUGCAGAUCAACCGCCUGCUGGAUCUGCUGCAUCUGUGUGUCUCCUGUUUUGAAUACAAGGUGGGAUAACCAGACGCUGUUGUUGCAGACUCUUAUAUCAACAACACACCUGAUAGAAAUCAAAACCAAGUCAAGCGUGUUGUAUUUUGCCACAUAAAAGCUACAGUACUUGACAGACAUUUCACCUGAUGUUCGAAGGGAAUAACCUGUUUUGUUAAAGGGAUAUUUAAACAUAAAAUUAAUUUAGGGUCAAACACACCGUAACACUGAGUUAGACACCCCCUUGAGAGAUAAAUGUUGCCAACAGCUUGCUUCUCUGGUUACUCCAACUUUAAUAACGACCGCAAGAUAGCAAUACACAGUGGUCUGAGGAGCCAUACACAAACCAAAAAGCCACUCUAUAGCCAAAAAUAAUGCUCAGAACAGCACCUAACUUCAUCAACAGUACAUAAAGGGUCCCAGCCAUAGUACUAGCCACCAAACAUCUUUUUAACUUUGCCUGUUUUCUUUAGCAAAGAGACUAAACACAACUCACCUACUCUCUUCCAGCAGCCACUUGUUUUUAGCGACCAGUCCAGUCCAUUACCAACUGCAGCGGGGUGACGCAGCUCAAGGAAGAACAUUUAUAAUAAUUUCUUUAUCAUUUCCUUGAAGUCAUAAUCAUCAUAAUAAUCAUUUUGCACUGCAGAUGCAGUAAUUCUUCUGCCUUUGCAUCUCAGUCUGAUUGCAUUUCCAUGAAGAAAUGAUCAUAAAUGUCUUUCCUUGAGAUGCGUCACCCCGCUGCAGUCCGUAAUGGAUUGGCCUGAGGUUUGAUUAUGGCUCCUCAGACCGCUGUGUUUUGCUAUCCUGCAGUCUUAACUAAAGUUGGUAUAACUAGAGAAGCAAGCUGUUGGCAACAUUCAUCUUUCAAGGGGGUGUCUAACUCAGUGUUACGGUGUGUUUGACCCUAAAUUAAUUUUACGCUGGAAUAUCCCUUUAAAUGUCGCAAAACUGUGCUCUAAGCUGGCUUUCCCUAAGUUUUAGAUCCCAUAAUAACCAGUUGAUUGUUUAUAGUUUUUACACAGUUAAAUCUUUAUCACAACUUUUACUAAAUUUAUUUCAAUCAGGCGAGUAGUCUCUUCUAGUUCUCCUCAUAUCCUUUGAUGUCUUGUGUUGUUUGUUUCUUCACCUCCAUAUUUUGUCCAUUGCUAAUCUGUGUUUGCAGGGGAAGAAAACUUUAGAGAGAAUCAACAGUCUGACCUUCAAGAAGUCUCAGGACAUGAAAGCGCGACUGGAGGAGGCCAUACUGGGCACCAUCGGGGCUCGUCAGGAGAUGGUCCGCCGCCACAGAGGUAAGGAGAGAGAAAAGUACUGCGUUUGUGUAAGUGGAGGUACUUUGAUUCGAGGUUCUUUUUAACAUUGUAAAAAUCUGGAUUUGGUGGUUCUUUCAGAAAGGAGCCCCUAUGGCAGCCAGGAGAAUGUGAGGUGGAGGAAAAACGUCACUCACUGGAGGCAAAAUGCAGACAGAGUCGACAAGUAGGCACUUUGCUUUCGACUGGUGAUAAUGAUGUUUUAAUAAUGCAUUGUAACCUGAUGUAUUCACUCAGUAAGACAGAAUUAAAUAUGUUGUUUUAGCCUGUGAACAGUAAUGUUUAUAACCACUACAGGACAAAGGCUGAGGUUGAGCAGGAGUCAGUGGUGGAUGGAAACUUAGCGACUGAGGCCUCUCUGAUUGUACUGGACACACUGGAAAUUAUCGUCAAGGUGAAGGAUUCGGAAUGAAUGACUGAAUUCUAUGUUACCAUUUCAGAUACAUUAUCGUCCGUUUAAGGCGGAACAACCUCCCUGUAAUGCAUGUAUGUCCUCUUUUAGACUGUGGUGGCGUCAGAGCUGAAAGAAAGUGUUCUGGGUGGAGUGCUGAGAGUGCUUCUCCACAGCAUGGCAGGGAACCAGAGCGCCCUCUUCCUGCAGCACUGCUUCACUACACAGAGGGCUCUCGUGUUCAAGGUAAACAACCUCUGUGUUUCUGUAGUAGCUUACAGAUUUAUUCUCCCAUUUACAGUCUACCUGCAUUACUGCAGCCCUAUACAUUUAGAUGAACAGAAAUGAACACGUGUCGUUUAGUUCUUUACAAACUUACCGUGAUUCUUACAAUGAAGCGUGUGUGUGUGUUCUAGUUUCCAGAGAUGCUGUUUGAAGAAGACACGGAGCUUUGUGCAGACCUGUGCCUGCGACUCUUGCGUCACUGCAGCAGUAGUGUCGGUUCUGUCCGAAGUCAUGCCUCUGCUUCCCUGUAUCUGCUAAUGAGGCAGAACUUUGAGAUCGGAAAUGUACGUUUUUUUUCAUGUUUUGAUUAAACAUGGAAGUAGAAAACCCAAAACUUGCAUGGUGUCGUAUUAACAUUUUGUGUAUUGAAAUCUGCCCCAUGACCAGAAUUUUGCUCGAGUGAAGAUGCAGGUUACAAUGUCCCUCUCAUCACUGGUGGGUAUGUCGCAAAACUUCAACGAGGAGCAUCUUCGGCGCUCGCUCAAGACUAUCCUCACAUACGCUGAAGAGGACCUGGAGCUGCGCGACACGCCUUUCCGAGAGCAGGUAUGUUACGUCCUCUUUAAAGAGACCCAUCUGGAGUUCCUACAAGAAAGAAGCUUACAAAUAAGCGAUGCUUUACUUUGAAAAUUGCAGGUCCAAGAUCUGGUGUUCAACCUGCACAUGAUUCUCACGGAUACUGUCAAGAUGAAAGAGCACCAGCAAGAUCCAGAGAUGCUCAUCGACCUCAUGUACAGGUACCGUGGUGCACAUUUGUAGGUGAAAACCACACGAUUAAAAAGUUUCCGAAUAAUAAACUCUCCGAUAUCCACUUUUUUUUUUUUUUGGUAGGAUUGCAAAAGGCUACCAGAACUCCCCUGACUUGCGUCUGACAUGGCUCCAGAACAUGGCAGGGAAGCACAGUGAGAGAGGGAACCACGCAGAAGCUGCUCACUGCCUCGUCCACAGCGCCGCUCUGGUCGCAGAAUACCUCAACAUGCUGGAGGAUUGCCGUUACCUGCCAAUCGGUUGUGUCACUUUCCAGGUUAGCAUAAAAUAUUCAGUUAUCCUUCAAAGCCACAGCAUCAAGACCUACAUAUAUGGACAAAAAAAUAAAGAGAUUACCUUUUUUUCCUCAUCAGAACAUUUCAUCCAAUGUACUGGAGGAGUCAGCUGUAUCUGACGACAUCCUGUCUCCAGAGGAGGAGGGGAUAUGUGCUGGAAAAUACUUCAGCGAGUCUGGACUGGUGGGCCUCCUGGAGCAGGCAGCCGCCUCCUUUAACAUGGUAAAAGUCUUAGAUUGCAACCAUAUAGUGACAGACUGUAUGUACCCCGACACGGCUGGAGAAGUCUUACUCAACUUCUCUUUGUGCUCUCACUCCAGGCUGCUAUGUACGAGGCAAUCAAUGAAGUGUACAAGAUUCUGCUGCCCAUUCAUGAAGCCAACAGGGACUUCAAAAAGCUUGCCACUGUCCACGGGAAGCUGCAAGAUGCCUUCAACAAAGUUUACAACCAAGUGAGUUGACAGUACAUGUGAAUAAAAAUCUCCUGCAGUGAAUUUAUUAACAGCAUUAGCUGUUACAGUGAAUAAAAUGAAUUGUGUUCCUAAUUGUCUUUCUUUCACUUUUAACUUUUCCAGAGUUCAGGAUGGGAGGUAACAAGUUGAUUUUUUUAUAUUGAUUAUAAUCCCUAAUUAUUAAUUCAGCCAUUAUUUCAUUAUUUGUUGACUUUUGUUGUUUUUUUCCCACAUGCUUGCUCCCUCCUUGGAUGACAUAUAACUGGUGAGUGACUGAAAAGUAACUUUUUAACAGUCUAAUUUCCAGAUUUCAUCACUUUGGGCCUUGAGCUGGUUAAAUAGGGUUAAACAAAGCAAAUGAGCCAUGCUACAAGCUCUCUGAUUGGUUAUAAUCUGGUCUAUUGCAUGAAGAUGUACAUUGGGUAGGAGAGGAUGCUGGAAGGUGAGGCAGAAUAGACCUUAUUCCCUUGUGACGCCAUCCCAGCAUAGAUGUUAUGGGCCAGGUUGCAUUGUUAUACCUUGUUUUACUAGCUCAAGCUUUGCACUAUAUUUAGCAUCAAACUCAUCUUUUUUUUUUUCCAUCUGAAGUGUUUUUAGAGGAUGUUUGGGACCUACUUCCGAGUUGGUUUCUAUGGCUGCCGGUUUGGAGACCUGGAUGAACAAGAAUUCGUCUACAAGGAGCCAUCGAUCACCAAAUUAGCUGAGAUCUCCCACAGGCUUGAGGCAUGUGAACAGCCAGGCAGGAUGCUAAUACAGAGGUCAGGUGUAAUUAAUUAGGUCUGUUUUUCUCAAGUAUAAUCUUGUCAUUGUACAGGAGUUCUACUCGGAGAGAUUUGGGGAUGACGUGGUUGAAAUUAUAAAGGAUUCCAACCCUGUAGACAAAAACAAACUGGAUCCAAACAAGGUAACAUGAUCCACUUGUGACUCAUCUGUUUAGCUGAAGAAAUGUACUGAUAGUUGAUUCUGCUUGUUCAGGCCUACCUCCAGAUCACAUAUGUGGAACCGUUCUUUGACACAUACGAGCUAAAGGAAAGGAUCACCUACUUUGACAAGAACUACAACCUGCGCACCUUCAUGUACUGCACUCCUUUCACACUGGACGGCCGAGCUCACGGCGACCUCAACGAGCAGUACAAACGCAAAACCAUCCUGACAACAUCUCACGCCUUCCCUUACAUCAAGACUCGCAUCAAUGUCAUCCACAAGGAGGAGGUGGGUGUCUGUGUAGGGGAAAGCUGAGUGAGUUAUUCAACAAGCUAGGGAAAUUGUAACCUCUUUCUGUCUGCGGAUCUGCAGAUCAUCCUCGUGCCCAUGGAGGUAGCCAUCGAGGACAUGCAGAAGAAAACUCAGGAGCUCGCCUUUGCUACAAACCAAGACCCUGCGGACUCAAAGAUGCUGCAGAUGGUGCUGCAGGGCUGUGUAGGCACCACAGUCAACCAGGUGCUUCUUUAGACUCUUGCAUCUUAUGUUGAACCAUUUGGCCUUCACUGUCUUGGAGGAAAACCAGUCCAAUCCAGGAAGUCAGUAGUUUUUCCUUCUUGCAGGGCCCUCUCGAGGUGGCACAGGUUUUCCUCUCUGACAUUCCAGAUGACCCAAAGCUGUUUCGCCAUCACAACAAACUGCGCCUCUGCUUUAAAGACUUCACCAAGAGGUAAUGAGUCACCCCAAAUCAAAACAUACAUUGUUGUGUAACUAGGGUUGAAAAACCCUGGGAAUUUUUGAAGUUGGAAACUUUCCAUGGGAAUUAACGGGAAUAAAUCUGAAAUUUACAAAAUUAAAGGUUGGCCCCCAUCAGGGAACUUGAAUAUAGUUAGGGAAAAUAUAUUGUAGCAUAAUCUUGGCUAAAACAACCAGAUUUAAUGCAAGUACACUCCUCAAACACAAAGACAUUUGAGCCCACUGACUAUAUAAAGUCAAGUAACUUUUGAUAAUAUUAUGGAGUAAAUAUAUUUGAUCUAUAAUAGUAUCAAUAUUUAACUUACAAAAAUUAAAUAAAAAUAGGUGCUAAUUGUAAGCUAUUGAUUAUUUAAGGGGCUAGCUUAUUAUGGUGGUGGUAGCUACCUCGAAUGUGAUGUUGUUUCUUCAGACUCCUGCAAGAUGGUUUUCUGUAACCAUACAAUAAUUUAUACAUCAAUCGUCAAAUAUUUUGAAGACGAUUCCAGUUGUUUGGCCAACUAUAUUUCUGUUCAUGCCAUUCCAUUUGUAUUUUAAAAAGCUUAUUUUAAAAUUUUAUUCUACAGAAAAUUUCCAUGUUCGCCAUCGCCACUCAAAUAAAUCUGUUGAAAUUUUUUCUAAUCAGGGACGGGAAUCGAGAACCGGCUCUUGUUGAGAACUGGUUCCAAAUGGUUCAAUACAUAGACAUCAUUUACAUUUUAUCUCAACAAUUCCCUUUACGAUUCCUUUCUUCCGGGUGCUUUGAAAAACGGUCUUGUGAGAGCCAGUCUACGCGAACAAGAACAGAGACUUUGAGGAAAAAAACAUGGCCAACGGUGCAAAAAGUAGGCAGAAACGAUCUAAAGUGUAGCUUCAUUUUACUAAGAAAGACGACAACAGGUUUUGUGUGGAAGUUUUGAGUUUGUGUACCAUGGACUAACAGGGGUUAAAGCGCAUAAAAACACUCAAAAAUUUUGCGCGCAACUCUGCCCUGCGUAGUAGUGUCCUCUUUUAGGGGAUUGAGAAUAUGUUCACCAUAAUCUGACUUAGUACAGACCAAAGUAAAUGCUGUUUGUUGUUUGAUUAUUUUUAGACUCAAUGAAGGUGGCAUACAUCUUUUUCUGUUAUCAGAGACCUAUUAAAAUUUUGGGUUAACGGUGAAAACCUACAGUCUACUUUUUUUUUUAAAUCAAAGAAAGGCAUCGAUAAGGGAAUCGUUAAAGGAUUGAAUCGAUAAGCACAAUCGAUACAGGCAUCAAUAUCGAUAAAAUCUUAUUAAUUCACAUCCCUAUUUUUAAAAUGUAUUAUUUUGCAUGGAUGUCUGCUUAUGACAAAACAAUAAUAUUUAUAUUUAUGUUUGGAUAUGAUACAGUUUGUAUAAAUUACCCCCAAUUUCCAGUUAGUUCUCAUAAAUUCCCAAUAAUUCCCAUGACAAGUUUCCAAUUUGGAAUAUUUCCCAAAUCCCCCAGCUUAACUUCCUGUGGAAAGUUUCUGGAAAUUUUCCGGAUAUCUACCGGAAAUUUUGCGCCCCCCUGCAACCCUAUGUGUAACUAACUAAAGUGAACCCAAAUCCUUUGUGUUUUCGGUCCUCCAGGUGUGAGGACGCCUUGAGGAAGAACAAAAGCCUGAUUGGACUGGAUCAGAAGGAGUACCACAGAGAGCUGGAGAGGAACUACAACAAACUGAAAGAAGCUCUGGGGCCUCUCAUCAACCGCAAGAUCCCACAGCUGUACAGAACCCUGCCAGCACAGACAACGCAAACACAGCGGUAACAAACACACACACACACACACACACACACACGCCUGUCCAGAGAAUUACACAUGCAAUUUAUCACGACCUAUGUCCAGUGAAAGCCAUGCGAGGUGGUAGCCAGACAAAAAGCAGACAUUAGUCACUGAUUUUUUCUGAAAUCUGUGCAAUUUCUACAAUUUUUACUCACUACACUUCACUGUAAAAUAAAACAAACCUAAGUGUUAUUCUUCUUUCUUUCUUGUCUUACAGGAACUCCUACAGUAGGUCCAGUCUACGCCGAGUGGACUGUUGAGUCUCAGCGAACUGGAAAACACCAAAACAGCUUCAGAGAGUCGCCACAUCCCUCCGCUGGUCACCUUCGUCACCCUUUCUCUCCCCUGUCCCACACUGCAUUAAAACACAGCGACAAACCUUCCGUCCUUCCCUCCUGUCUUGUACAUGCUUCAUCUCCACUCAUCAUCACUGUCACGGUUCUUUGGGAGAAAAUCUAGGAACAAGGUCACAACAGGUUCUGUUCAGACCAGCCUUUGGGAGUGGUUUCCUCACCUGACAGAUUAUGAUUUUUACAGAGCUUUGUAUAGAGCUGCCAAACACUUUGCUACCUGAUCAGGUUUUUGUGUUUCUGUUUUUUCUUAACUCUCACUGUUUUCCUCUCCAACAUUUUGUAAAUUGAGCUGUGUCAAGGCCUUUUUCUAGACUGCCAGACUUAAAGAAGUACAGGGAUUUUUCUUUACUCAUCAGGAGACCAAAUAACUGACAUUCCUUACUCUUCUUGUUUGAAUAUUUGUCUGCCCAUCCUUGGUUAUAUAUAAACUCAUAAAAGUGAAAGUAUCCACCUAGCAGGAGACGAGUGGAAUAUUACAGGAUGGGAAGUUUAAACUCUGUUUUUAAAACUGUGAAAUGUUGUUGUAAUGCACUGCUGUCACAUGAGAUGAUAGGCACAGAAGCACUGCCCUCAGCCUGGCCAUCUCCCUCACCCACACAAACCUGUUCAAACUGUGAUGAUUUCUUUCACCCUGCAGUACACUGAUAACAGGGAACAUUUAGCCUGUGUGGUGUGAGGGACGUCUUCUUUUGAUGGUAUCUGAGCUGCUGUCAAAAACCACUCCAAAUUCAUGUGUCCAACACUCUGGUUGCAGAGGAUUUGUAUUAACUGUAGCAAAUGUUAUUUCCAACCACUGUAUCUUUUAUAUUGCACUAUUGUAAACAAACUGCAGCACAUUCACACUGUACCUACUAAAAUAUCUGAGCUUUUGUAAGUUUUUACAGGCUGGAAAAACAUUAAUUUUUUAAUUUAUUUUCUUUUUUUUUUACUGCCUUCUAUUAAAUCUGUCUUGCUACACAUCUGGUCUUAAUUCUUGGGUGUACUACAGAACAAUUACCAAUACCCCACUCUCUUUGUGUUUCUUAUUGCAAAACAUAUUCAUAGAUUCAGUGGCAUAGGCCUACUCAAAGAGGGGUUGAUGCUGCCCUCUUGUGGUGAGAGGCCAGUCUGUGUGACAGACUUAAAUCUGGAAGCAGCACUAACCCUAACCCCCCUAUGAGUCCUCAAGACUUCAGGGAAAGGCUACACCUUAUUGAACUUGCUUUAUGCUAUGCUUCUGCCUCAGAUGUGCAGAACAAGACGGUGAUCGGUCUGCUUUGCAGUAGGUAUUUCCUGUAUUACCUCUUUCUUAGCAGCUGUAUAGUCUGUCUACAGCAACCCCUUCCCUCCUUUCUUUUUUUGCAUCACAAAC